GCUCGGCAGUCCUGCACAGAGCAGAUGUGCGGAGGGAAGGGAGAUGCUUUCGGCUGAACCCAAAAACUCCUCUCCCGCAGGCCAAAAUCAGCCUUGUCCCACACCCGACACGUCGCUGCACAGCAGCAAAAUAAGGUGAUGCGAAGCAGAUCCCCCGCUGUGACAAGAUGCCAUAUCUUUGACUGAGCUGUCCAGAUGUGACCGCGUGUGUGAGCACUCUGUGUGGCUUAGCUGCUUUUGACUCGGGUUUGAACAUGGGCACGCAGUCCUACUCUGUUACUAAGGCAGAGAUUCCCGACCAUGUUCUUUACACCGUAGGAACGUGUGUGCUCAUUAUUGGCUCCAUUGGCAUCAUCGGAAACCUCCUAGUUCUCUACGCGUUUUACAGCAACAAGAAACUGAGGACAUCCCAGAACUACUUUAUAAUGAAUUUGGCUGUGAGUGACUUCCUGAUGUCAGCUUCUCAGGCACCCAUGUGCUUUGUCAACAGCUUGCACAGAGAGUGGAUACUUGGAGAUAUAGGCUGUGAAUUGUACGCUUUCUGUGGGGCACUCUUUGGAAUAACCUCAAUGAUGACUUUAUUAGCGAUCUCUGUUGACCGCUACCUUGUGAUCACUAAGCCCCUGCGAUCCAUACAGUGGACUUCAAAGAAGCGCACCGUGCAGACCAUCACCGUCGUGUGGCUGUACUCGCUGGGAUGGAGCGUGGCUCCGCUCUUGGGGUGGAGUUCCUAUGUGCCUGAGGGCUUGAUGAUAUCCUGUACGUGGGACUAUGUAACCUACUCCCCUGCAAACAGAAGUUACACCAUGAUUUUAUGUUGCUGCGUGUUUUUUAUUCCCCUGAUAAUAAUAUUCCAUUGCUAUUUAUUUAUGUUCCUGGCCAUAAGACGUACUGGCAGAGAUGUUCAAAAACUGGGGUCCUGCAGCCGGAAAUCCUACCUCUCUCAGUCCAUGAAGAAUGAAUGGAAGCUGGCAAAAAUUGCUUUUGUGGUCAUCAUUGUGUUUGUCUUGUCCUGGUCUCCGUAUGCUUGUGUCACCCUGAUUGCCUGGGCAGGUCGAGGCAACACCCUAACACCGUAUUCCAAAUCUGUGCCAGCAGUUAUUGCCAAAGCUUCUGCAAUCUACAACCCUAUCAUAUAUGCAAUAAUUCAUCCAAGAUACAGAAAAACCAUCCACAGUGCUGUUCCCUGCUUGAGGUUCCUAAUACGGCUAUCGAAGAAUGACCUCCUGAGAGGAUCCAUAAAUGAGUCAUCAUUCAGGACCUCUCUCUCCAGCCAUCAGUCUCUUGCUGGCAGGACCAAGAACACUUGUGUUUCAUCCAUUUCCACUGGAGAAGCUACCACUGAUUGCACAAUGAGGCAUGAGAGUAUCAACUGUGAUGAUUUCACAAACUGUAAAAUACCCAGAUUAUCCUUGCAAUAUGAGGCCUGGAGCGAUGUAGAGCUUGAUCCUGUAGAGCCAGCUCAUAAGAAACUGCAGCCUCGCAGAAGUUAUUCUUUCUCAACAAGUCUGAGACAGGAGAAGAGAGACCUGCUCCCACAGACCUGCAGCUGCAAUGCAGCAACUGCAGAAAAGGUUUCGCUCUCCUCCAGCUGUUUGGAGAAGGUGCUUGUGCGGUCAUCCCUACACAGUCCCCCUGCAACACGUGUGACCAGCUCCCUCAGAGCAGCUUCUCUGCCUGUCGGUUUGAAUAGCGGCAGUGUCAGCAGAGGAGGAGGCUCCGAUACUUCACAGGUGGCAACUCAAGAAAGUCAAGUUCAUGGAGUCCUGGGGUCUACCAUUAGCAAUAUAGUCCCUCGUAUCAUUAUUAUUCCUACCUCAGAAACCAACCUAUUUCGAGAGGAACUGGAAGUGGAGGAGAAUGAAUUAUUCCACUUUCAUGACAAAAAGAGCAAUCUGCUGGAAUUGGAAGGACUUAGUUCAUCCGCGGAGUUCCUUGAAGCUGUUGAGAAAUUUCUAUCAUAAGUUUGUCAAAGGAAAACUUUCCGGUAAUUAUUUUCUUGGCAUCUUCUCCACUUAAUUAUACCAAAUAACCAAAGCCUUGUAGGUUAGGUCAUCAGACUUUUUGUAUGUUUAUAUGGUAGUCACUAGGCAGCCUUCAGAUUUAUCUUUGUCCAGACCAGCUCAGGCAUGGAAACAGGCUUUCUUUCAGAUUGUGCUGCAGGAAAUGAGCAGUGGAAGAUCUGGCAGCGUGAUCAAGUGGGACUGGUCAGGUCGGCUGCCUGCUUCAUGGGGCCCUGAUUUGCAACCACAGAUGGAGGUGCCAGCAGAAGGAAAAACGAUUGAGCAAGAGCAGGGCAGCUGCUGAAUGUUUCUGCUACCUGCAUGUGAAACAGCACUGCUGUGUUGGCAACUCUCCUCUGGACGGUGACAAAAAGCACCACAACACCACAGCUUUCACCAGCCCCGGUGGUAACGCAGAUGGCUAGAUAAUCUGAACUAUCUUUUAAUCAAAUUAUUUUCAGCACUGGUUUUGGUUUAAUUUGUUUUUAAAUAGGCAGCUUACUAAACGUAAAUAAACAAACUGAUGGUGUAACUGGGAAGUGACUGCUUGCUUUUAAAGUUUAGUGCUAGAAGUCUGGAUUUUACCUCAGCAUUAGUGUGAUGAGCUGAAUGUUGAAAUUCAUAGUGCUAUAUGCUAAAACAUACACUGCUACCUGUAGAAGCAUUUAGAGCACCUUCAGAACUAUGGUCUUAAUUAAAUAUGUAUGGAUCCUAGUGAGUCUCUGAUUAAAUGGUGAAUGUUCACAGCUGGCUUGACAAGUCAUUGAUAAAAAUAAAGCCUUGGCUGCUAUAUAUCACUUGUCUCUUCAGAGGAGAUUCUUCUCCUCUCCUCUUCUAAAAUGUCCCAUCAGAUGUCUUCUCCUACAGGUCACUUACAGGAGACUAUCAGAGUGGGUAAAACAUCGUCUCGGGUAGAAAAAUCCACAAUACUGUGGUGUUUGCUAUAGAAUCUACAGUCACAUUGUUAUCUGUGUUUACUGAUUGUGCUUGUUUUAUCUGUGCUUCAUAUUGUGCCUCAUGCUCACAAGACCCUCCUACCAUUUUAUUCUUUACCGCAUUCUUCCUUUCAUUACUCAUUUUCCCUUUUUACAACAUGUUCUCCACAUCCUCCUUUUAAAGUCUCUGGCUUUCAAAUGUGGGCAAGUUGAACUAUAUUGUUCUCCACAUAAUGUCAGUAUGUCUUAGUAGAAAGCAGGUGUUUCUCUGGAUAUAACAGUGCAAAUAUUUGGUCCAGUGAGUCUGGUAGCAUUCAGACAUACAAGAGAGUAAGAGUUUAUGUUCAUAGUCUCAGUUUAUUCCCUUGACUGUACCCUAGAUUGCCCAGACACCACUGAGAGCAUUUCCAAGGUUUGCAUAUGUACUUGCUGGUCUUGAGAAGUAAUUUAUUUUUUCCUGUUCUCCUGAUACAAAAAACAGACUGAAAGAUGGAAAGCAUAGAAGUACUUUUUAAAUUAUUUUUUUAUUACAAAAGAAGAUAACACAAAUCUUGUUUACAAGUACCUAGACAGGAACACAACUGAAGAGCAAAGUAAACCCCAAAGCAGCACAGGAGACAGAGGAAUGCCUCCAAACUCACACACCCAAGACUUUGCAGGGUGUCAGCACAGCAGACUUUUGAGAGGAUUGAGACACUUGCUUUUGGUAUAGGCUGUGGUCUUUUUAGGAAAAAACGCCACUGGUGGGUUAGAGGUGACUGCUGAGUCAGGCUGCCCAGUCCAAUGCUAACACUCUUAAUGAUGCCAUUACACGAGGUGCUCUGCUGUCUAGGCACCCUCAUCAGAAACGAGGCCAACAUACCUCCUUACCUUGUAGAGAGGAGGGGGAAAGGGUGGUGGAGCCACACCAAGCGUGUGGUUGUCUGCGUGCAGCCCCGGUGCGUGGUGCCGGGGCCAGGGCUCAGCCAGGGCAGCACUGCCCAAGCACUGCCCUCCUGCUGCCAGGUUUUCUGCCGGGGCCAGGAGUCGUGCCAAGGUGAUCUGCAAUCAGCUCAGUGUUUCCAAAGGCAAUUCCUCCAUCCGAGGGCUGGUGCAGUGAGCGGGCAGCGUGGGGCAGCUGCUGCGGACUGGGAUGGGGACGUGGUCGCCUGCAGUUCCUCGGUGCCAGGAUUUCGUCUGGGGCGUGGUUUUGGCCACAAUGAGUAAUCAAAUGCUAACUGAAUAUAACAUUCAUGGUAAAUGGGGGAUGCUUAAUCCUAGGCUAAACAUACUGUCCUGCCACCUCUGAUUCUUUUAAUUCUUUUGCUGAAUCUGUUCUCUCUGGUUUGUUUGUUUUUCCUACGUCAACCAACCUUACCUUCUCUUGCAUUUGAUAUCCUCAGCUGCUGUAUGUCGUUUCUUCUUGAGCCAGAUGUUGGGAAGCAGGUGUUCUUAUAAGGCUUCCAAGCCUUAUACCUGACUUUUUCUGUUGUAAUUACUCUAAAUAACAGUAAGAAAAUAUAUUUGAUGUUCCAAGAUAGAAAAACAUACCCUGGAGCAAAUUUUACAUUCAGAUGUUGACAGAUUUGUACUGGUAAGACUGUAGGCAGGAUAUUGCCAUAGUUUCUGAUGGAAUGAAGAAAGUAAGAACUAAAGUAACAGUCAACAAACUGCUCUGUAUCCAGACACAUUUUGUGUUCUCCUUGUUAGCCUAUAAGAUGACUCUCCAGUUAUGUCUUGCAUACAUGCUUGUACUAAUAAAGUGUGUCAGAAAACUAGUGGGCUUUGAGAUAUGUGCAAAGAAGUGUUUCACUUCUAUACUGCUAAUGUCUUAUACUAUUAGUACUGUUGCUUCUGAAGCUAAUGUCAAGAUUACUGUUUACUUCAACUGAUGUAGGCUAGAAUGCCAAAUGAGAUAACAGUAGAGAGAUAAAACAUGAAGUUAUAUGAAAUAUCAGAUAGACUUAGCACUCUCAAUGUAAGACUUUUGCAGAAACAGUUGCAGAGUAAAUGAGUCUUAAAUUAACUACCACAAUGUAGAAAAAUUUUGCAAACUUCUCUGUUGCCACAUUAGAAUAGAUGGCACAUAAAAAUGUACAAUAUUAACUGUUGCUUCCGAUUUUACGUAUGUAUCAGUUCAUUCAAAUGGAAUAAAAAAUA